UUGCGACCGGCCAUUAAAUUACAGAAGAAGAAGAACAACCAUAACAAACACCGAAGAAGAAAAAGAAACAGGCUGUUCGGUGAGGGUAAUAUCCAGCAAGCUAGCCACUGACGCCCUCCAUUCGGGUUGCUUCGUCUUUUUCAGGUUGCCGUCAUCAAAACACGUGUUGGCUACUAGCAAGGUAUGAAGAUGAGGAAGCAACCAAACAUUCUGUUAACAGGAACCCCUGGUGUUGGAAAGACUACUUUAGGAAGGGAACUGGCCCAGCGGACAGGACUGACCUAUGUUAACAUUGGAGACCUGGCCCAGGAAGGACAACUUUAUGAUGGCUACGACGAGGAGUAUCAGUGCCCCAUCUUGGAUGAGGACAGGGUGGUCGAUGAGCUGGAAGAAAAGAUGGCCGAAGGUGGCGCAAUUGUUGACUAUCAUGGCUGUGACCUGUUCCCUAAACGCUGGUUUCACAUUGUCUUUGUCCUACGCACAGACAACACCCAGCUGUACACACGGUUAGAGAGCAGAGGUUACACAGGGAAGAAGCUGCAGGACAACGUGCAGUGUGAAAUCUUCCAGACCAUCUAUGAAGAGGCCAUGGAGGCAUACAGUGAGGAUAUUGUCCACCAGCUGCCCAGCAAUACUCCUGAGGACCUUGAGAAAAACCUGGAGCAGAUAGCACAGUGGACUGAGCAGUGGAUGAAGGACCAUAACUAGAACCUGAACCCUGCCAGCAGGGUUCUGAUGGCAAGACUAUCAACUGAAGGUUUUUUGUACAAAUAAAAAUGAACUGUGGUCAUUUAUUUUCAUAGACUAUACAAAUUGUUUUUAAUUAAAACAAUUUGGGACAAGUCAAAGAA